AUGUCGGAGGAUCGCGACACGGACAAGAUGAUCAAGGAAACCUCCAUUUUAGAGGAGUACAACAUUAACUGGACUCAGAAGCUGGGAGCUGGGAUCAGUGGUCCUGUUAGAGUCUGCGUGAAAAAAUCCUCUCAAGAACGUUUUGCACUGAAAAUUCUUCUUGAUCGUCCAAAAGCUAGAAAUGAGGUACGUCUGCACAUGAUGUGUGCAACACAUCCAAAUAUUGUUCAAAUUAUUGAAGUUUAUGCUAACAGUGUGCAGUUCCCACAUGAAUCCAGCCCAAGGGCUCGGCUCCUUAUUGUAAUGGAGAUGAUGGAAGGGGGAGAGCUAUUUCACAGAAUCAGCCAGCACCGGCACUUUACUGAGAAGCAAGCAAGCCAAGUAACAAAGCAGAUAGCUUUGGCUUUGCAGCAUUGCCACUCACUAAACAUUGCACAUAGAGACCUCAAGCCUGAGAAUCUCCUCUUCAAGGAUAACUCUCUGGAUGCACCUGUUAAAUUGUGUGACUUUGGAUUUGCCAAAGUAGACCAAGGGGACUUGAUGACACCACAGUUCACUCCGUAUUACGUGGCACCUCAGGUAUUGGAGGCACAAAGACGACAUCAGAAAGAGAAAUCUGGUAUUAUCCCAACCUCUCCAACACCUUACACUUACAACAAGAGCUGUGACCUGUGGUCCCUGGGGGUGAUAAUUUACGUGAUGCUGUGUGGCUACCCUCCCUUCUACUCCAAACACCACAGUCGGACCAUCCCGAAGGACAUGAGGAAGAAGAUCAUGACGGGAAGUUUUGAGUUCCCCGAGGAGGAGUGGAGCCAGAUCUCAGAAAUGGCAAAAGACAUCGUGCGAAAGCUGCUGAAGGUCAAACCUGAGGAACGACUGACCAUUGAAGGUGUCCUGGACCAUCCCUGGCUCAACUCCACUGAGGCACUUGAUAACAUCCUGCCCUCUGCCCAGCUGAUGAUGGACAAGGCAAUGGUUGCAGGGAUCCAACAGGCUCAUGCAGAACAGCUUGCAAACAUGAGAAUCCAAGACCUCAAAGUCAGUCUGAAACCCCUUCACUCUGUCAACAACCCAAUCCUGCGCAAAAGGAAGUUGCUGGGCACUAAGCCAAAGGAUGGGGUUUACAUCCAUGACCCUGAGAAUGGGAGUAACGAUUCCAACGUGGCUCUGGAGAAGCUCAGAGAUGUGAUUGCUCAGUGCAUUCUCCCACAGGCUGGUAAAGGAGAGAAUGAAGAUGAGAAGCUGAAUGAAGUGAUGCAGGAGGCGUGGAAGUACAAUCGAGAGUGCAAGUUGCUGAGAGACACUCUUCAGAGCUUCAGCUGGAAUGGCAGAGGAUUCACAGAUAAAGUGGAUCGACUAAAACUGGCAGAAAUAGUAAAACAAGUUAUUGAAGAGCAGACAAACUCCCAUGACUCUCAAUAGCUGGAGCUUCUUAAUCUUAUUUUUUUUACCAUUUAAGAUUUAUUCUUUAACUGUAAAAAGUAUUUUUAUGUAAAUUAAUAAAUCAUAAUUAUUUC